AUGGCGCUCGAUGUUGCAGCCUUUGAAAGCAUUUGUCCUUCUCGAUUCAUCACCUUCACAAUUCCCGAUCCUACUUGUGCUGAUUCACUGCUCCGAGUUGCUGUUCUGGACUCCCCGGUUCCAGCUUCUGAGUCACCCCUUGUUGUUGCAAUGUUCGUCCCUGAAGCCCGCGAAAGUGAUUGGAUCUUCUCUACUGAAUGGGGUCAUCUCCAGCUGCUCUUUAGCUCUCCUGGUGUAUCUCGCCUCAUUUUGCUGGGAAACCAAUUCAAAGAGGGUGAUUCAUCACCAACUAUUUAUCACCGUCCGCUAGAAUCUUCGUCGCAUCGGAAGGAGCUUGAAGCAUGCUCAAAACCUCUUCUACUUGCCUUGUCUCCCAAAUACUUGUUUAAAAACGGCAUUCCGGAGGUACCUAUUUUGAGUUAUGAAGAUAAUUUGGUUUCUAGUGUGGUAAUACAUAAAUGUGCGGGUUGUGUUGUUGGUGAAAUGUUGGUUGAAGAUGUUGAAAUUGAAAGCGAGAAUAGGUUGGGUGGUUGUUAUAAACGGGAAUUUCGGAGGCGUUUGAGGUUCAAGAGGAUGCCUAAUUUGAUUCAGACUGAAAUUCUUAUUGUUCCUGAUGCAAAAGAUUUUCAUUCGACAGGUGUAAGGAUUGGAGGGGUAAAGUUUGUGCCUGAUCUUCGGGUUUUGGUACACCCUUACUUGGCUCCAACGGUGGCAAGCCUAUCUUUGAUCAGUGAAUAUAUAGAAGGACGAAUUCAGCUUGGGUUUAGACCAAAAGCUUUAUGUCUUGGGGUUGGAGGUGGGGCUUUACAUUCUUUCUUGAGAAACCAAUUGGACUUUGAGGUCACGGGUGUGGAUGCUGAUAAGGAAGUUUUGAAGGUUGCAAAACGGUAUUUUGGAUUAGAAGAUAGCGAGUUUAUGCAUGUUGUUGUUGGAGACGCCAUUAAAUUUGUGAAGAAACUUUCACAUCAGGCGAAUUGGCAUCCUAUGUGCUCUUCUGCCACUUGUGAGCAACAUGGUCAUUGUCAUUUUCCUGAUGGUGAAGAUGUCAACAAUAAAUUCGAUGUCAUCAUGGUUGAUCUAGAUUCAAGUGAUGUAAGGAGUGGUCCUUCUAUUGCCAACUGGUACAUCAUUUUCAGGAACAUUUUGCAGAACUGUAUAAGAUAG